GUACAGUCCAGUCCACAUCUUCUUCAGCCUGCAGCCCCGUCCACUGCUACCAGGUAAGUAUACAUGUCGAAUUAAGCACACUCUGUACUCUACUUAGGAUGGACGAGGCAAUCAUGGAACACAACGUAUUGGAGCGUAUAUUUGACGGAAGCAUCAGACCGACAGAUCUAAAGUUGUCAGCUCUAGAGAGCAUCACCAGAAAUUUCUCAGAAGAGCGAAUAGUUGGUAUGGGCGGAUUUGGAACCGUUUACAAGGGUGUCCUUCGAAAUGGACAAGUUGCUGUGAAGAGGAUAAAGAACAAUCAUACAAUAGAUGAGAAAGUAUUUCAACGCGAGGUUAACAGUUUAUUUCAUGUCAGCCAUAAGAAUAUAGUUCGGUUUCUUGGCUUCUGUUCUCACACAGAACAUAAAGCAAUCGAAAAUGAAGGAUCAAGAGCUUACAUUUACGCCGAGAAUAGAGAAAGAAUACUCUGUUUUGAGUACAUCAACAACGGAAGUCUUGAAAAUUAUAUUACAGAUGAAUUAAGAGGGCUUCAAUGGGACACUCGCUACUUCAUAAUAAAGGGAAUAUGCGACGGUCUGCAGUAUCUUCAUGUGGAAAAACAAAUUAUUCAUAUGGAUCUGAAGCCAGCAAACAUACUAAUAGAUCAUAAUAUGGUAGCCAAAAUAACUGAUUUUGGCUUAUCAAGAAUGGAGGAAAAUGCACAAACCAAAAGUACAACCCGUGUUUCAUCACCAGGAUACACCGCUCCAGAAUACAUAGACAAAGGCAAAAUGUCAGUCAAGUAUGAUGUGUAUAGCUUGGGAAUCAUAAUAAUCGAACUGGUGACAGGACAUAGGAGUAUUCCCGAUAGUAAUAAUGUACGUAGAAGAUGGAGGCACAGAUUGCAUAAAUCAGGGAAAGAAACUCUAUUCAGAUGCCAACAGAUAGAGAAACUCAUCGAGAUCGGGCUACUCUGCCAACAAGAUGAUCCCUAUAAGAGGCCUUUUAUAUCAGAUAUAAUACGUGUUAUUAAUGAACUGGAAAGCACAGAUAGUAAAAUCAGCAAUACAAAUGAAAAAAGUAGAAUCAGCAAUCCGAACGAAUCUACGAUAGGGCAGAUAAGCCCCUACUUGGAGGAUGACAUGCUUGGGAUUGAGCCGCUCGAGUUAUGCUUUCCUUUUGAGCUCAAUAGUCAGAUAUCAUGCUCACUUAAGCUAACCAAUGAGACAAAUGAUUUUAUUGCAUUCAACGUCGAAACGACAAGCCCCCUGCCAUACUGUAUACAACCAAAUAAAGGCUUUGUGGCUCCACGAUCGAAGUUUGGUGUCAACAUAACAUUGCAACCACUAGACAAGGCACCACAAGACAAGUACACUGGUGAUUUCAUUGUGCGGAGCACCAGAGUGAAUGAGAAUCUUGAUGACAUAACUGAAGAUAUAUUCAAAAGAGAGGAGGGUAAAUUGGUGGAUGAGGUGAAUCUGACGAUUACAUAUAAGGCCGAGGAACCCCAAGUGGAUGUGCCACUUGGGUCGCCUAUAAUUUCAGAUACAGGAAUUUUGCACGGUCCACACGUAUCCACAGUGCUGUCAACCGAGGCAGAAUCCAAGAUAAGUGCAUCUAGCUCAGAUGAGGUGAUCCAGUUUGAUCCCCCCGAGCUCUGCUUUCCGUUGGUGCCAGAUAAAAAGGUGUUAUCCUCAGUUAAAAUAAUCAACAUUACAGAUCUGUAUGUCAGUAUAGCCUGGUCUUCACCAGAAGAAAACUCCGCAAUGUACGCCGUAACCAGUUCCUUAUUGAUCAUGCCUCCACGGUCCACACGAUGGCUCACAGUAACAAGAGAAGAAAAGGAAGAUGCAGUAAAAGACAUGCAGUUCAAUGACCAAGUCUUUGUGUGGUACACAAUGGUGGCCGAAGAUAUCAAAGUCUCCGACCUUGAUUCGGAGGAUUACAAGGAAUAUAAGAAGUUGCCUGUCGUUCUAACAAAGAUAAAAGACUCUUGUACUACCUCCACAGAACUGAUCCAGUUUGAUCCACCGGAGCUAGGCUUCCCUUGCCUCAACAAGACUUCACUCUCCUCGCUUAAUAUGGUCAACAUUACAGAUUGCUACGUUGGUUUCAAUAGUUGGAGCUUCAUGGGAAUUGAUGCCUGGUACACAGAGCCAUGUCGAGGGAUUCUGCCACCACGGUCCACUCAGAGAAUGCUUGUACAAUGUGUACCCAAGGAAAAUGAAGCAGAAGAAGACAUGCAGUGCAAAAAAAGCAUAUUCCUGUGGAACAUGAUUGUGGCUCAAGGUGUCGAAUCCAGCUGCUUGAUAGAUCAACUCAGUGACGAAGACAGUAAGGAGCUGCCCGUCAUUUUUAACAACAAAAUAAGCAGCCCAUUUACCUCAGCCUCAGGAGACAAGCUGAUCCGGUUGGACCAUCCUGCAGGUCUUGCCUUUCCGCAAAACAAGACAGGCUUGUCCUCAAUUAACAUUGUCAACGUUACCAAUUACUAUGUUGGUUUUCGUCUAUUUAGUAAGCCUGGAAAAGAUGCGGCUGUGACCUACCAUAUGUUUACUGAGAUAGGAAUUUUGGCACCACGGUCUGAUCAAAGACUCGCCGUAGCAAGGCUAACAAAUGAAAAGGAAACACAAGAUACAACAUACAAUGACGACAAGCUCUUUAUAUGGAAUUCCAUUGUCAGCGAAGGCAUCAAAGUCAGCGACCUUGAUGGUUACAUAUCUCUCCAGAUAGAGCAGAGUAUCGAGUUGCCCUUGAUUUUUGAUAAGAUAACUUCAUCUACAUCAGUUGAGGUGAUCAAGUUUGAACCCCCCCAAGUCUGUUUCCCCUUCCUGCCGAGUAAACGUCUGUUAUCUUCAAUUAAGAUAGUCAACAUUACAGAUUAUCACAUUGGUUUCAAUACGCAAGUGGACGAAACCAAUGUGGCGUUGUACAUCACGGAGCCACCGUGUGGAAUCCUGCCACCAGGGUCCACACGAGAACUGGUGGUAACAAGGGUCGCCAAGGAAGAUGCACCGGAACUGGAAGACAUGCAGUGCAAAGAUAAAUACUUUGUGUGGAGCUGCGUUGUGACUCAAGAUGUCAACGUCAGCGACCUCAUACGAUAUAUGCCCGAAAAGGAGAGAAAAGAGUUGCCCAUAGUUUUUAUGGAGACAAGCUCAAACGAGUUGAUUCAGUUUGAUCCUCCCGAGCUCAGCUUUCCCCUGUUGCCAAACCAGAGAGUCUUGUCGUCAACUAAGAUAGUCAAUAUUACAGAUCAGUAUAUCAGUUUCAGAGUAUGCACCAAGAAAAGCAAUUCAGCAAGGUACAACGCAAAUCCAUCGGAAGGAAUUUUGCCACCACUGUCCACGCAAGUAAUCCUGGUAACAAGGAUAGCAGAGGAAAAGGAACUAGAAGGCACUCAGUGCAACGGCAAGUUUUUGGUGUGGAACGGCAUUGUGACUGAAGAUGCGAAAGCCAGCGAUGUUAUUGAUAACAUGUCCGAGACAAAGUGUACCGGUUUCCUCAUUCUUCUUAAACAGCAGACAAGUUCAUCUAUCUCAGAGGAGUUGAUCCAAUUUGAUCCACCAGAACUUCACUUUCCCAUUUUGCCAAACAAGAAGGUGUUGUCCUCAAUUAAGAUAGUGAACCUUACGGAUUACAAUGUUGGUUUCAAUACAUAUAACAGGCCAACAAGUGUGGCAUGGUACCACACAGAGCCACCGAGAGGAAUCCUACCACCACGAUCCACACAAAAACUUAUGGUAACAAGAGAAGAAAAGGAAGAUGCAUUAAAAUAUAAGCAGUUAAAUGAAAAGUACUCUGUGUGGACAGGCAUUGUAUCUGAAUGUGUCAAAGACAGCGAGCUUAGUGAUUGCAUGGCUGAACAAGAGAGCAAAGAGUUGCCCAUUGUUCUUGACAAGAUAAGCUCGUUAACCUCCUCAGAUGAGCUGAUCCAGUUGGAUCCCGCCGAGCUCUGCAUGCCCCACUGGCCAAACAAGGAAAUCAAGUUCAUGGUAAAUGUAGUUAACACUACAGAUUUCUACGUUGCUUUCAAUGUAUAUAUCAUCCGCAGGAAUGCAGCGCGGGACAAGAUACCUGCAGCUGGUGAAUUGAAAGGAAUCCUGCCACCACGAUCCACUAAAAUAGGAAGACUAAAUUGGAGAAUUGAUGAGACGGAGGAGCCCGUAGAAGAUUACUUUGUGUGGAGCCGUGUUGUGACUGAAGGUGUCAAAAGCAUAGACAUCACUGGUUACAUGGUUGAGGAAGAGAGUAAGCAACUGCCCUUUAUUGUUAAUAAUAAGGCAAGCCUAAGUACCUCAAAGGAGCUGAUCCAGUUUGAGCCGCCUGAGCUCAGCCUCCCCUUGAUGAUGAUGCCAAACAAGCCGUUGGUGUUUUCAGUUAAUAUAGUCAACAGUACAGACUACUAUGUAGGUUUUGAUGGAUAUAACCUAAAAACAAAUGUGGCCUGGUACUUCACACAACCCACGGGUGGAAUUAUGCCACCACGGUCCACUCAAAGACUCGUUGUAAAAAGGGUACCAAAGAAAAAGGAGGAGCUUCUUAGUGAGUGCCAAGACGAUAAGUUCCUUGUAUGGAGCUGCUUAGUGAGUGAUGGUGCCAAAGCCAAAGCUAGCGACCUUGAUCUUGCUGGUUAUGGUAAAUACAAAGGGAGUAAGGAGUUGCCGAUUGUUUAUACUAACAAGACAAGCAGCUUAUGCACCUCUGACGAGUUGAUUCAGUUUGAUCCUCCACAGCUCCCCUUCACCUUCCUUCCCAACAUGAGGGUGUCCAUGUUGCGCUUGCUUAAAAUAGUCAAUGUUACUGACCACAUUGUCGGUUUCAGCGCAUGGCCUCAUGAAGAAAAUUCUGCGUCCUACACAAUCGAACCGGAUGCAGGGAUCCUGCAACCACAGUCCACGCAAGCAAUCAAGGUAAGAAGGACCCCAAGGAAAAAGGACACGGAAGACAUACAGUGCAAAGACAGGAUUUUUGUGUGGAAUGGAAUUGUGACUCAAGGUGUCCAAGUUAGCGAUGUCGGUACGUACUGGAAGAAUGAAGAUAAAGAGUUGCCCAUUGUUCUAACAAAGCCUGGAGAAAGCAGUUCAAGGUAGGACUGGCAUGGUCGAAUCUCUUGGACGUAAAGGUUUGUAAAGGCCCAUCAUGGGUUUGUAACACAACAUAAAUCCUGGAUAUUGACAUGGCAAAAUCGAUAUAUCUACUGUAAAAGAAAUAGCCGGCAAUGAGCUUGAGGACGAGGGACGUUUGCUCGUCAUGGAUGGAAUCAUUUAAUUAUUAUAAAUAGAAAUUUGAUACAAUAAUCUCAGAUUGUUUCUGUAGCUUGAAAUUCCUCUGUUUCUGGUAAUUUGUGCGAACCGACAUAACUUGUAGUUUGUGCGUUGGCAUGUUCACCCAUGCCCUCACGUCAUUUGUACUACUCAUUCAGGUGGAUUCACACUAUCAUGCGAUUUGCUCAACUAUUUAUCAAGUUAAGUAAAUUCUACUCCA